AUGGCCCUAUUUUUUUUUUUCAACAUUUGGGGGUUCUUACUAAUUCUUUUUACCAGAACACUUUUUCUUCUAUUAUUUUUAAAAAUAAUUAAUCAUUUCAAAAGUUACUUAAAUGUCAUUUCUUAUACAGAAGCAAUAUUCAUUGCAAUCUCUAUUUUGCUUUGUUUUUUUCUUCUUAUUUCCUGGAAUUUCAUCUCUUGUGCCAUAAGAUUAGGAGAAAUGAAUAAAAAAGUGAUUGAGAAGGUGUUUAAACUCUUAACGAUGGUGAUUUUGAUGGGAACUACGUUUAUUUGGAUAAUGAUGCCAACUUCGACCUAUAAGAAAAUCUGGUUAAUCUCCAUUCGUGCCAAGCUCGGUAAAUCGAUUUACUAUGGGAAACCAGGAGUGAACCUUUUGCUUUACAUGUUCCCCAUGAUUCUACUGGCUUUUCUGGGAUGUAUCUACCUUCACUUGAAGAAACAAACGACGGUUAACCAAAUAAAUACCGGAGCGGAGAAGAAGAGAGACAAGUUUGGUGUAUUGAGAAGACCAAUGUUAGUGAAGGGACCAUUAGGAAUAGCGACAGUGACUGAGGUUAUGUUUUUGACAAUGUUCAUGGCUCUUCUUCUUUGGAGCCUAACCAAUUACAUUUACAAUACUUUUGUCACUAUCACUUCUGAAUCAGCAGCACUUGACGGAGAGAUCCUAUGGCAAGCGAGACUGGAGUUAAUAGCAGUAUGGGUAGGUAUAGUAGGGGACAUAUGCUUGGCGUUCUUGUUCUAUCCAGUGGCUCGCGGCUCGUCGUUGCUGGCUGCAGUGGGGAUUACGUCCGAGUCAAGCAUCAAGUACCACAUAUGGCUGGGACACUUGACCAUGAUCAUAUUCACCAGCCACGGUCUCUGUUACUUAAUCUAUUGGAUAUCCAGAAAUCAAAUCUCCAAGAUGUUGGAGUGGGACAGGACCGGUGUCUCGAAUUUAGCCGGAGCGAUAUCUCUGGUUGCUGGACUUAUGAUGUGGGUAACCACGUAUCCGAAGAUAAGGAAGAGAUUCUUCGAAGUCUUCUUCUAUACUCAUUAUCUCUACAUCGUCUUCAUGCUCUUCUACGUCUUCCACGUCGGCAUCUCUCAUGCGUUGAUCCCUUUUCCCGGUUUCUACAUCUUCAUCGUCGAUCGUUUCUUGAGAUAUCUUCAGUCGCGCAACAAUGUCAAGCUAUUCUCUGCUCGUGUUCUUCCCUGUGACGCCGUUGAGCUCAAUUUCUCCAAAAACCCUAUGUUGAUGUAUAGCCCAACAAGUACAAUGUUCGUGAACAUACCGAGUAUUUCGAAGCUUCAGUGGCAUCCAUUUACGAUAACUUCUAGUAGCAAACUCGAACCAGAGACGUUAAGUGUUAUGAUCAAGAGCCAAGGAAAAUGGUCCACUAAGCUUUACGAGAUGCUUUCUUCUUCAUCUUCUUCUGAUCGGAUAGAACGACUCGCUGUUUCAGUCGAGGGACCUUACGGCCCUAAUUCCACUGAUUUCCUAAGACAUGAAUCUCUGGUGAUGGUGAGUGGAGGCAGUGGCAUUGCACCGUUUAUCUCCAUAAUCCGCGACCUAUUCUACAUUAGUUCAACGCACAAAUGUAAAACCCCCAAAAUGACCCUCAUCUGCGCGUUCAAAAACUCUUCAGAGCUCUCCAUGCUCGACCUUAUUCUACCAGCAACUGGUCUCACCACCGACAUCACCUCGUUUGUAGACAUCCAGAUCAAAGCCUUCGUCACCCGAGAGAAGGAAAUAUCAGCGAGAGAAUCAACUCACCACAAUAGGAAUACCAUCAAAACCCUACGCUUCAAACCAAACCUAUCAGACAAACCCAUCUCACCAAUCCUCGGGCCAAACUCUUGGCUCUGUCUUGCCACCAUCCUCUCUUCUUCGUUCAUAAUCUUUAUUGUCAUCAUCGCACUUAUCACGAGAUAUCACAUCAAUCAAAGCUCGGAAAAGUACACUUCGGCUCAUAAGUCGCUCAUUUACCUUCUUACAAUCUCCAUUAGCGUGGUGGCUACUUCUACGGCUGCUAUGUUGUGGAGCAAAAAAAGGUAUUAUACGACAAGUGACCGUUACGUCGGCGAUUUCUCUCUGUUGAUUAUGGAGAGCUCGCCGCAGCAAUUGCUAUCGCAAUCCACCGACAUUCAUUAUGGAGAGAGGCCUAAUCUUAAUAAGCUUCUAGCUGGUUUAAAGGGUUCGAGCGUGGGAGUUCUUGUGUGUGGUCCGAAGAAGAUGAGGCAAGAGGUAGCAAAGAUAUGCUCUUUGGGUUCGGCUGAGAAUCUUGAGUUUGAAUCUAUUAGUUUUAGCUUCUGAAUUUUUAUAUUCAGAUGUCGCUAACAAUUAGAAGGCCAGAAGCCAAAAGGAAAAAAAAAACA